AGAAGCCACACAAGGCGCCCCGCUUUAUUGUCCUGCCCCCCAUUUUGUCUUCCUCCCCAAGAAGCGAAAUCCGGAAAGCCAAUCUAGAAGCUCCCCCCUUCCCUCUCGCAGCCUCCUCCCACCCGAUCCCAAUCUAAGCUCGCCGAGAUGGGCCGCAAGUUCUUCGUCGGUGGCAACUGGAAAUGCAACGGAACCACUGAUCAGGUCGAGAAGAUUGUCAAAACUCUGAAUGAAGGACAGGUUCCCUCUCCAGAUGUUGUUGAGGUCGUUGUCAGCCCUCCUUAUGUGUUCCUUCCUGUGGUCAAGAGCCAGCUGCGCCCAGAGUUCCAAGUUGCUGCUCAGAACUGCUGGGUGAAAAAGGGAGGUGCUUUCACUGGUGAAGUCAGUGCUGAGAUGCUCGUCAACCUUGGCGUUCCCUGGGUCAUUCUUGGACACUCUGAAAGGAGGGCUCUGUUGGGAGAAUCAAAUGAGUUUGUUGGAGACAAAGUUGCCUAUGCACUCUCUCAGGGACUAAAGGUCAUUGCAUGUGUUGGUGAGACCCUUGAGCAGAGGGAAGCUGGAUCGACUAUGGAUGUUGUCGCGGCACAAACAAAAGCCAUUGCUGAGAAGAUCAAUGACUGGAGCAACGUGGUUAUUGCCUACGAACCAGUCUGGGCCAUUGGAACUGGCAAAGUUGCCACCCCUGAUCAGGCCCAGGAAGUGCACGCGUCCCUGAGAGAUUGGCUAAGGAUCAAUGUCAGCCCUGAGGUCGCCGAAUCUACCAGGAUCAUCUAUGGAGGCUCUGUGACUGGUGCAAACUGCAAAGAGCUGGCGGCAAAGCACGAUGUUGACGGUUUCCUGGUCGGUGGUGCUUCUUUGAAGCCUGAGUUCAUUGACAUCAUCAACUCGGCCACCGUGAAGACCGCCUAAGAUGUCCCAUGUUCCCGCCCCGCCUAAGAACAGACUUGUUACCUGUUUAUGUACGCUAGUAAUUUUGUGCUGGAGCGUAUACUGCUUCCUCUCUCCCUCAGCUCUGAGGCUGCAGCUUGAGCUUGCUAAUAAUGUUUACCGCUGAACAUACCAAUAAUGUUUUUUGGUUAGCCCCUUUUUUUUCUGGUGAGGCACAUUGCACCAGGUGUUUGACUUAUGCUUGUUUGUUUUUUUCUUCUACAUGGAGCUUUAGAUUACUUAAUCACGAGGCUUUGUUUCGAUACACAUUGUAUCCACUGAGCUUUGCAAACCUUGUGCUCCCUCACGUAUCCCUCAUGAUGAGUGGAUGCCAGCACUCUGGCCAAACGAUCUGGCAGCAGUGGUACUGGAUCUGUUUGGAUUA